AUGCUUCAGUAUCCGAAACUCCUUACUGUUCUCGGCGCUUAUGCUGACAGGCUAGCAGCAACGUCGAUAGACGUGAGUCAUGUUGAUGUAUUCAGUCGCCAAAGGCCCAAGCAGUUCUUUGAUCUUUGCAAGUUCCACUUGUCCCUCCUCGUUGAUCUCCCAGUUGAAUUUAACUACUAUGAUCCCCAAUCACUUGAUGAAGUAUGCCCAAGUUCACAGACCUGCAAGCGCCGUAGGCCACGCCACUGGGCUAAGUUCGCUGCUUCCAUGAACCAGACCCGCAAGCCAGUGGCAGUGACGUGGGUAUUUGUGGGUUUCCAAUUUUGUCUUUUGUGUCCUUUAGAGUCAUGUGGCAUGACAUCCAAUCAUAAAACCGCUGAUGUCUACGCUAACGUUAUCAAGCUCAUGGACCACCUGUCAAGUGGAGAUUAUCUUAAGACCGAGAUGAUAUUCCGCAAGAGCGGGAAUAUCGUUCGUCAGCGUGAACUUCGUAGAAGAGUUCUCUCCUGUGUGAAUGUUCAUUUCCCCAAUUGCAUUACCGACUCCUUAGCUUACAAGGGUGCUGCAGCACCAUCACUCGUUUCGUCAUGGAGACAAAAAUCACGCCUUAAAGUAUGUAAAGCACGGGUUACAAACGAAACGUCAAAAACCGAAACCAGUGAUUUCAAAGCUCAUGAUUACGCAAACACGUUGAAAAAUGUCCUCCGUGAAAUGCGUGAGCCCAUUCUAACCCAGGAUCUUCUCCCUAUCUUCAUUUCGGUGUCAAAAUUGACUUCCGGAAAUAUGAAUGACCGGGGUGAACGCGUUCCCCUACGUCCGAUGGAUCACCGCGUUGCACAGGCGAAACAACUCAAAGCCAUACGAAUCCUGCGGUUCCUGUUGCCUGAACGCAAUCAGCGGCUGCUGCGUCGCCUUCUCGACCUCUUAACUCAGACUCUUCUACUAAAUCAGUCCAAUCACAUGUCUGCCGAGAGUUUGGGCACAAUUUUCGGUCCACUUCUUUUGGCUCCGGCUUGUGUUUCCCCUUCUGAGAUUCAUAAGCAGUACGGCGUUCUAAAUAAUCUGACAACUCUUAUGAUCGAACAAGGCUCGGAGGGCGUCUUCGCGGUCCCACUUACUCUUUCGGAGGAUAUAGACAGGAAUCUGCAAGCUGAUGGACAUUUCAACUCACGUUCCUUAUCCCAAGACUCGGGCGUUGACACUUGCUCGACGUCCCCGUCUGUCCAGGAUGAAAACGAAGCCGAAAACGCGGAUCAAACUGUCCUCUAUACUGGUCUGAUGUUUGCACAAAAGUCCACGAACAGGGAGCAGGAUGAAGGCGAUCCUUCAGUUGCUGCUGGAUUGUCUUUGACUGAAUGCGCUGUGGCCGAAUUGUGUGCGACAGUUCAGGCUCUUCCUAAAUCUGACCCCAGAAAGGCUCGCUUAAUUCAGAGAAUAAAUAAUUCUAAUGGCGGCCUUACGCCUCGCCAACAGGCCCGGAAUAAGCGUGUGAGAGAGGUGGUUUCUACCUUCUCAUCGACUCCCGAGUCGCUUUGUCACACGCCACUUAAGCGCUGCAAUCCAACCGACACUCAGGAUUUGACAGGUGACACGCCUGUUAGUGUGGCAGUAAAACGGUCGUGCUUAGAGUCCAUCGACGCACCCGAGGUCAGGAGCCUCGAUCAGGCUUCUGCGACCACUUCCUCUUCCAGCAUCGGAUCAACCCUCACCACGCCCCUCUGUUGUCCGCUUAUUGGAGUCCUGACAUCGUCCCUCAAAAGUCAAAAUCAGACAAAGCCUGCUCGCCAUCGGACCCUCCCUCGAACAGCCAGUUCCCGGAAAAAGACAAACAGUCCAAUAUUCAGUGAAAUGGGAACUCCGUUUAGCCUGAGCAUUUGCACCGAGUCCGAAUGUUUAGAGCAGCAGGAUGUGCCCACCGAAACGGAGAAUACCUCAACCAUAGCUGUUCCUCGUCAGACGACAUGUCUGCUCAGCAUGCGUGUAAGGAGGAACUACAAUUGUGCGAGUAUCGAGAAACCCGACUUGCCGACGUCAGAUGUUAGAACUUCUUUAAAAUUGACGAAUUCAUUUUGA